GUACCCUGCCUGACGAUGCUGCUAAGCUCUGAAAAAAAUAGAACAUGCUGUUGCGCAUGUUAAGAUUUGAAUAUGAAAAAGAAUACAUUAUUUAAUUGGGUUAUCGAAAGGUAUAUUUGAAGCUGUACAAUAGAGCUUCAACGCUAGUGGACGUCACAACUUGGCAAAUCUCGCAUGAGUGACCUUAAUAAUCACUUGAAUGCCUCAUGGAAUUGCAACUCGCACACAUUGAUGAGGGGGCGCAAGGGCAGGCAACAGUCAAUCCACUCUGGAUGUCUGGCAACUCAACAAGUGGCAGCGUUGCAUCGAUGUCAUGAAGACAGACGUUUUACUGUUGUUAGCGCAUUACACGUUGAAGACCUUGUGAACGCCACCGAAGGCUGCCUCCAUCAAGAGCCUCUGCACUGAAGGGCGGAAAGACAAGUUCCCUCCUCUGUGCCAGGUGUGCCUCUAACGAACUGUUGUCAAAAUACACUGCCAGCAUGAGUGGACAUGUCGGCAACUUGAGCCCAAAACAGGCUGAAGCUUUGGAACAGUUUCGUGAGAGGGUUAAGGACAUCCUUCCUGAGUGUCCGUCACAGAGCGACCACUUUCUGCUACGGUGGCUCAGAGCUAGAAAUUUCAAUGUUCAGAAAGCGGAGGCCAUGCUUCGAAAGCAUCUGGAGUUCAGGAAGCAUAUGAAAGUCGAUACAAUAACAACAGAGUGGAGGCCACCUGAGGUGAUUGAGAACCACCUCUCUGGAGGUAUGUGUGGCCAUGACCGGGAGGGCAGCCCUAUCUGGUACGAUGUCAUCGGGCCCGUGGACGCUAAGGGUCUCCUGCUGUCUGCCUCCAAGCAGGACUUCAUCAAGUCCAAAGUCAGAGACUGCGAGAUGCUGCAGAAGGAAUGUGACCUGCAGAGUGAGAAGCUGGGUAAAAACAUUGAGUCGAUUACUAUGAUUUAUGACCUGGAAGGAUUGGGAAUGAGACAUCUUUGGAAGCCGGCGAUAGACACAUACACAGAGGUACUUACCACGUUUGAGGACAACUACCCCGAAGGCCUCAAGAGGUUAUUUGUCAUUAAAGCUCCCAAGAUAUUUCCUGUGGCGUACAAUCUGGUCAAGCACUUCCUCAGCGAAGACACACAGCGCAAGAUCAUCGUCCUUGGCGCCAACUGGAAGGAGGUGCUGCAGCGACACAUCGCCCCCGAGGAGCUUCCUGCCGUCUACGGGGGAAAGCUGACCGACCCGGACGGAGACCCACGCUGCAGGACCAGGAUCAAAUAUGGUGGGCAGGUGCCAAGGUCAUACUACGUGCGCGACUCCGUGAAUAUCCAGUAUGAGAACGUCAUCUCCAUCAGCAGAGGCUCCUCACACCACCUGGAGUACGAAAUUCUGAUCCCAGGGUCUGUACUGAGGUGGCAGUUUGCCAGUGAUGGGGCAGACAUUGGUUUUGGGGUGUUCAUGAAGGCCAAGCUGGGUGAAUGGCAGCGUGCCAGUCAGAUGAAGGAGAUGGUGGCCAGUGACCGGUACAAUGCCCACCUGGUGCCAGAGGAGGGCUCCCUUACGUGUGCCGACCCAGGAGUGUAUGUCCUACGAUUUGACAACACCUACAGUUUCCUUCGUUCAAAGACUGUCAGCUUCACAGUGGAGAUACUGAUGUCGGACAGUCAAUCGCUUAGCGAGAAAGGCGGGACUACAGAAGCCUCCAGCCAAUGAGAAGCUUAAUUGUAAACGUGUACAUGAACAUGGAUAUAUCCAUAUCUGUAUCCCAGACGAUGUAGGGGUACAUCAAAUACCAAUACACAAGGUUUUCUGAAAACCAGGACAAUUAGGAUGAACACCUGUCAGCUGUUCGAGCUGUUGUUCUUUAGCCACCUGGAUUUGACACCAAUUAUAUGCAUAUAAACAUGUAUUAUGUAUGAGACAGCAUGUUGAAGCCUCAACAUUGGCUAAUGUGGUAAAACACUGACAUCCCUCCUCAGGGAACAGACAUGAAUUGUUCGUAUAGUGCUGCAACAACCUGGUUUACUUGAAUAUACUGUAUGAGUGCUUACUGCUUAGAUUAUUUAUGAGAAGAAUAGUCUUAGAACUGAUUUUGUUGUCAUUAUCACUUUUAUUCCACUUACCUAUUAGCCCAAUGUAUUAUUUAAUAUCAGUGUGUAAAAAGAAAGGAAAUAGCGGUGCACUUUAUUUCUUAUAAUUUGAAGGUUUUAAUGUUAUUGUGAAGUAAUGCAAUUUCAGUUAUAACACAAAAGGAAAAAUAUAUAAUGUUAUUGUGAAGUAAUGCAAUUUCAGUUAUAACACAACAGGAAAAAAAAAAAAUAUAUAUAUAUGUUAGGUUACAAUUUAAAUUGCAAAAUCUCCCAGAUAAUCCGAGGCAUUUCUUGUUUUGUUCCUUUUUUUAUUGACGAUAGAUGGAUGUUGAGAUGUUAAUCACAAAUUGACUCAAGCAUUGAUUGCAACAUUGACAAUACAUUUGUCAUGACCAUGUGAAGUGUUAUGUUAUGUGUGUUGUCAGUCACUAUCACAAUACCAUUGUACCAUAUAAAAUAAGAAACUAAUAAUGAAGUACAUAGCGGUUUUGAGUCUUACCAUAACUUUGAGUCUUAUUAUUGACAAGUGUUUUUUUCCUUUGCCAGUUAAAAAUCAACAACCUUGGUGAGCUUGGAAUAUUAAGAUACAUACAUGUAUGAAUGUAGUUGUUGCUAUUACAUUCAAAGCUAUUCACUACUUGCAGUCAGUAUUGCCCAGCCAUAGGUUGCCUGUGUUUGGUGUCAGAUGUCAGAAUGUCAGAUUAAUGUUUAUUUGUGAUCUUAAACUAUUAAAUGUCUGUUAACUUAACAAUGAAACGCGAAGCUCAGUCAGGUGUUGAAACUAUAUGUGGUUUAUUGAAUUUGAAUAGUGCACUAACUAAUGUCAACAAAAUGGUUAAAUGUACCAUAAUCACAAAGAUCAAAAGAAAAAAAAAUCAGAAUACUCUAAGUGUCAUUUGUUUUAUUCUGACUGUGAAAUGUCCAAUACAAGCACAUUAUGGUUAUGGAUCAAAUAAAUAAAUAAUAAUAAUAAUUAA